AAGUUCAACCGGAAUACAUACUCGGGAUGGACCGUUGGUGUGUGCUGCUAUAAUAUGAGAUAUUAAGCCAUACAAAUAUGAAUUUAGUGGUAUUUAAAAUAGUAUGAUAACCAGUUGAUUUUAAAGUGGACCUCGCGUACGGAAAUGCCGUUGUUAAUUCAAAAGAGAGGAGUUGACAGCAUAAGCUCCACAGCGGAACUGUUCGACAAAUAUCCAGAUUUACAGGAAAAUGCAACAACAUUUCGCUCCAGGCCACUCGUUGAUGUCGACCCAAAGUGCCUCUUGUAUGUCCAACAAAGAGAGUUUGCUGCAACGACACCAGCAGACAACUGUGUCUCAGUAAUUGGAUCUGAUGAUGCCACUACCUGCCAUUUGGUUGUGCUGCGACACACCGGAAGUGGAGCGGUUUGCCUCGCUCACUGUGAUGGUUCCAGCACCUGGUCUGAAGUCCCACAACUCGUGAAAGCUGUGAUGUCACUGAGUAACGUCAGCAAGGAGGGCAGACUUGAGCUCCACCUUGCCGGGGGAUUUAAUGAUGAGUCAAAAACAUCCCAUAAACUCAGCCUUAACAUACUGGCAGCGUUCCAGAAACAGAAAGAGGAUAUUCAUCUGGAAACAUGUUGCAUCACAGAAAUGAAUGACAUUGUUGUUGAUGAAACUCACAGGCCUGUAGUGUAUGGGAUAGGUGUAAAUGUCAAAACAGGAGAUGUGUUUCCUUCGUCCUUCACUCGUAAAGGACCUGCAGAGGAGCUGCGAUCAGCGAGGACCUUCACUGGGGGACAGAUGGCUGACAUAUAUGACUCAAGUCGAGGGGUUGUUAAAAUCGGCCCUUGCAAGUGGUCUCCAAAUCUGGAUAUUGCCUUCUGGUUGUCACAAGAUGAUGACACAAUAUUAAAGUACCUGUCCACCUCUCCGAUGGCUGAGCCGCCGCACUUUGUCCAGCACAUGAAGACCACCAUCCAGUUCCUGUUAGAACACCCCAACUCUGACAGCCUGUUCCCCGCGGGUCAGCCACAGCUCUACCACAGGACCGAGACGGGCGACUGGGAGAGGGUUGUCUAGUUGUCUAGUCAUAGAUCCUCCUCCUAACUCUCACUGGACCUUAACAUGGAACCUGACUGUUUUUUGCCUCUCAGCUCAAUGGAUACACUGUGACUCAUCCACCCGCUGUCUGUUUUCUGUUCAUCGUGUCUUAACAUGGAGGCAGCCCCUAGGCUGGACCAUACUCUAUGUAUGUAUGUAUGUUGAGUGGCUCUCCUGACUCAUCUGGCUGGUCCAGUAGAGAGAGCAGAGGAAGUACAAGUGAUUCUCUUUAUGCCUGUAACAGUUAACGUUUCCACUCUUGUGAGGUGGUGUAAAAUCUGCACCUUACACCACCUGCUGUGUUGAAGCAAGUCAAGGUUAAUGUCAUACUGUGCUUAUCUUUUCUGAUUAUAGGAGGCAAUGAUUAACAUUAUGUCCAGUUAAAAGACAGUACUUAUACUUUGUAUGAUUUUGGCCCAAAAUUACAACUUGUACUUCUUCCAAAGCAUUUUUAUUUUGGUUUCCUACCUUGCAUGCACCCAUUGUUAGUUUAUACUAGUACUGUCAAUCAGCUUGUAGAAUUCAAAUUUAAUUUAAUCGCCUUUUUAUUUUUGUCUGUUGGUUAAUGUUGUCAGUUAAUGCAUCGACGGGAAAUCAAACUUUGCCCAUCUCAAAACAUUUCUGGAAGGUAUUUAAUCAAUCUAAAUUAAACUUAGGUGGGCUUUGGAAAUGUAUGUAUAAAAUGUAUUUAAUGGGGGUUAUUUUAGCACUUUGUUUAAAACAGUGAAGACAGCAUUAAUGCUACACUCUGCAUUGUUGACGUGUUGAGCAAAGUUUAUUUUUCUCUACAAAUGCACCUUCCUGAUGAGAAUGGAAUAUGAUCUUUCAUUGCGUACUCUACAUACUGCUGUAUACUUGGCUAUGAAUGUUUUAGGGAACUGCAUGUGCAAAUGUGUGUAGUAAUUUGCAAAGGAUGAUGUGGAUUCUUAUCAAACGCAACAAAAUAUGAUUUUUCUAGCUUUGUCUUUUUUUUUCCAAAUUGUAAAAAUGGAAACACCACCAUAUACUGUAUAAGGCCUUUUCAUCAGUUGUGUUAUUCAGAACGUUGCAAGGUGCUUAAAGCAUUCAGUGCAACUUGUUGCAACUUGUGAAUAUACUGUACCUGUUGCUAAAUAAAUGUAAAUGGUCACAUGUGGUUUGAAA